AUGCUAAAAUACGACCUGUUUUUCACCGCUGCAUGUAUUUGCUACAAUGGCAUGUUCCGAUCACAGUUCAUUGUUUUUCGUUCCUUCGUACCCUUUGAGAUGAAGGAGAACUUUUUAUUUCAGGGCCAGUAUAACCAGACGUAUGUCACGCGUCUUGUGAAAAUGCGACCGCUCAUAAACCUCAGCGCGUGCAAAAACGCUACAAUACUGCCUAAUUUGUCGGAGAGCAGUAAUGCGAAUGGACCUGUCGCUUUUGUUGCCCUUUUGUACGUUGAUGGCACGAACAAAGAAACUAUUUUUGACGAAACGGGCCUCAUAAACAAGGAAAGAGUUGUAAAACCGUAUGAAAAUCUCACGUACUAUGUUGAAGACGAGAGCUGUCGAGUCGAAGUAAUAUUUGAGCCCGAAGGCCUAUUCGUCACCGGACAGGUGCUCGGUUUUCUCGCUGAAAAGAAUACACACAGCUUAACCAUCAAGGAUGUAAUUUAUCCCGAACAGUUAGAACAGACAGGUCAGCCCGAACAUGAUGUUAUUUGCUUUAUUGCCGACCUAAAAAUACGGAAUAGCAUGGGCGAGCUGAAUGUUGUCAUCGAUUACAUAAGUAACAGCAAAAGAGUCACCGAUCUGGUGAUCAUUGGUGAUUUGUUUGACGAGGUUACCAAGGAGAACGCUGAUCUUCUUACCCAAUUUAUAGAAAAUUUUGGAGCGGACACUUUUAUAAUACCAAAUACAAACGACCCAACGAAUAAGUUGCUACCUCAGCAGCCGAUAAGCAAUCGCCUGAUCGAUUACAACUGCCUUUUUCUUCCGAGCCCAGCACAAUUCGAAACGGGGACUAAAAUGCUUUUUAUACCACCCGUUGCUGUCAAUGAUAUAAAAUUAUACGGAGAAACAUCAGCUAUCAAGAUAAUGAAGAUGCUUGUGAGAACAAGACAUAUAUGUCCGACAGCACCUGAUACAGUCGGAUGCAUACCGUACAAAGACGAGGACCCGUUUAUUUUGAACGAGAUGCCCGACUAUGUUUUUACACUUGGUGAUAAAUUUGAAAAGGAGAUAGGCAAGAUCACCUAUUUCGUGCUGCCCAGCUUUUCAAAAACAAAGAAAGUCAUCAUUUUAACGUUAGAUAAGUGCAAUUUUGAAACAAUCGCUCUAGAGUAUUAA